AUGGGCAAAGCGUCCCUGGUACAAGCAAGACUCAGGCUGCAACACUUCAGGUGUCCCGCGUACACGCAUGAAGAAGCAGAGACCUCGCAGAUGGUCGCUGAUGCAAGCGCAGAUGCAGACAGUAGCUCAGUCUGCCAGGACAGCACACAGACCAGAGUCAAGCUCACCUAUGAUGACACCAGACCAGCCAAGCGACAGCGUCUUGAGGCGCCUGAAGAUGAGGACACUGAGGAUACCUGGCAGCACGCAGACAUUCAUGUGCGACCGCGACUGACGGCACACUCGAGCGUCAACCCGCACCAGAUACCCUCCAUCUCGAAUGGCUCGACCAUCUUGCCCCUGGUCCAAGUUGACUGCCACGCACCCGCCAACAGCAAGGAGGUACCCGUCAACACGUACGUGCCUGUGUCUGCUGGUCCUGUGCGCAUUACAGGCAGUGCGCGGCUGGGUCCAACCUACUACCGGCUUGGUGAGAUCCUCUCUAUCCGGCGCAAACCUGCCCAGCGUAUCCUGUGCUUCUUUGCCAACGUCACAGCAGUCGCCAUCGCUCAUCAUACCAUCACCUUUGCAGACAUCUAUACACCUGGUCUGCCUCCAUUCCUCACAUGUCCCUUCUUUCUUGUGGAUGAGCAGCAUGCUGCCAUGACGGGCACGAGUCGCAUUGUGAGAGUAACGGCAAUACAAUCUGGCGAGCAGAUUCAGGUCAAGCGCGUCACUGAAGCACAGUGGGAUGAUAUCCAUUUCAUCGCUGGUUUGCUGUUUGCACAGCGCUAG